CGAAUAAAAUUAAUCAGUUCUUUAUUAGGAAAAUUUUUGUGUUUGUAGCACUGUUCUUUAAAAAGAUGAAGCUCUUCAUUGUUUUAGCCAUGAUGGGGAUCGGUACGCUUUGCAAAGGCGAUUAUACCUAUGAAGCAGGGUAUCGUGCAGGUUACGCUGAUGCUCAGGCACGUGUUGAAGAUGCUCCUGGACGUUACGUCAAUGCUCCUGAACUGUACGCUGAUGCUCCAGCUGACAACCGCGCCCCUGUAGAGCAUGAUGUCUAUGGCUUCAGCAACCCGUCUAGAACAUGUUACAAAAGCUGGAAAGACUGUAGUGGAUGCCGUGGUUAUUUAUCUAGCUGUUGUUCAAGCAAGAACUGUAGCGGCGGACGACAAUGCAAAGCGGGCAGAAGCUUAUACAGUUGUGUUUGAAUAAAAUUCUUUUUAUGAGAAUAAAAGAUACAGUUGAAGUUUUCACAAGUUGUUUUCAUUUAAAUAAAGUCACUAUAGGAACUCACCCGUAUUAAUGGCACCAAAGUUACGAAAUACAUACUUGAUUUUCGACGUAGAUAUAACUUUAGGCUUCUAGAAGACGAUUUCUUUAGCUUCGGAUCUUCACACGUCUCCCUAGACGGAUCCGUACUUUUAAUUGUGGGGCGAAAUUUGAAUUACGAUUGAAUUUUAGGGACCAGGAAUAAUAGUGAUAAACUGAAUUAAUCGCAACACGACUCGUGGUUGAACUUUUUUUUUAUAUAAAAACUGUAACAACUAAGCUACUGGUUUUGUCGAAAUUUUGCAGGAGCAAUAAUAAGAACA